AUGUCGAAUCUGCAAGACGACCGCGCGUCGAUCAAAGCGCCCUCGACGAUGGCCGCGGAGGCGGACCCCAAGCUUGAGAUGGCCGCGGUCCAGGAUGAGCGCCGAGCGGUCGUGGAGAAGAGCUUGAAGCGCAAGCUGGAUCUGCGGUGCUCACUCUUCGUCCUGAUCUACAUCAUGAACUACCUUGACCGCAACAACAUCUCGGCGGCGCGUCUCCGAGGUCUCCAGGAGGAUCUCAAGCUCAACGACCAAGAGUACUCGACCUGCCUCUCUAUCCUCUACGUCGGUUACAUUCUCAUGCAGGUCCCAUCCAACAUGAUCAUCAACAAGAUCUCCCGGCCUAGUAUCUAUAUCGGUGUCGCCAUGCUCAUUUGGGGCGCUAUCUCCGUUCUGUCCGGUAUCACCACCAACUUUGGCGGUAUGGUCGCCACCCGCUUCUUCCUCGGUUUCGUCGAGGCCGCAUUCCUUCCCGGAGCUCUCCUCAUCCUCUCCAAGUGGUACACCCGUCGCGAGCUCACCACCCGUAACGCCAUUCUCUUUGGCGGUAACCUCAUCUCGAACGCUUUCGCUUCGCUCAUCGCCGCUGGGAUUCUGUCAAACAUGCAGGGUGUGCUCGGUCACGCUGCUUGGCGUUGGAUGUUCUUCAUCGAGGGAGCAGCCACCAUGCUCAUCGCCCUUAUCGCGAUGGUCAUGCUUCCCGACCUGCCCACCAACUCUCGCGGCUUCACCGCCGAGGAGCUCCAGGUCGCACAGCUCCGUCUCGUCGAGGACGUCGGAGAGGCAGACGAGGACGACGUCAACGCCGGCGCAUUCGACGGUCUCAAGAUGGCCGUCAAGGACACCAAGAUCUACCUCAUGAUGUUCACCCUCACCGCCUAUGUCGUUGGGCUCAGCUUCAACGCCUUCUUCCCCUCCCUCACCGGUACCCUCGGUUUCGGAUACGUUCCGACUCUCCUCAUGUCCGCCCCGCCAUGGGUCUUCGCCGUCAUCGUCUCGCUCGCGAACGCUUGGCACGCCGACCGGACGCAAGAGAAGUUCUGGCACAUUGUCGUGCCAAUCUGCUUUGGACUGGUCGGGUUCAUCAUUUCCAUGUCGACUCUCAACACGGCUGGUCGAUAUGUCGCCUUGUUCCUCCAGGCUGGAUCGUAUGCCGGCUUCAUCGUCUUCUUCAGUUGGAUCUCCUCCUCCUUCCCCCGUCCGCCGGCAAAGCGCGCAGUCGCCAUCGCAAUGAUCAACGCUUUCUCCCAACUCGGCAACAUUGCCGGAUCCUACGUCUGGAACCUCAAGGAUAACGGCUACCGCUCGUCCUACGGGAUCGUCACUGCCAUGUUUGGGAUCACCAUCGUCGGCGUCAUCGCGUUCCGUCAGAUUCUAGUGGGGCUCAACAAGCGGCUGGAUGCGGGCGAGGCGGCGUGGGAGCCUACGCAGGCAGCGCAGGACAAGACCAAGGCGGUGCAGCAUCUGGAGAGCGAUGAUGAGGCCCUCAGGAUGCGCAAGGGGUUCAGGUAUCUCGUUUAG